AUUGAGUUCUGAAGCUACUCUUCUCAAAGCCAGAACUAUAUAACAACAGAGGUAUGGAUUUAGUCCAACAUAAAAUUCUGGCAUUGACGAGGAAUGCCUUGAUGCAGCUCGUCAAGGAUGUUUUUGGAGACGAUGAAUUGGAGAAAUUCUUCAACGUUCUUUGGAAAAGAGAUGGCACUGUCAGGAGAACUUCACUGCUGAAGCUGGUGUUGCUUGAAUGGUUACCAAUUUUAGCUGGAAAUGUCCUGUUCUACUUGUGCAAAAUGUUAAUUCCUGUUUCUUUUGAUUCACCUGUGGUCUGGCCUGUGGUACGCUGGACUUUGGUGCGUGUAGUCAAGUACUGCGUCAGCACUUGUGUUGAAGCCUAAACGUGGAGAGAAGCAUAUCUAAUGCAGGCAAAACCUCUGGUACUAUAUCUUAAUAUAGGCUCUGAUUUUUC